AUGGCCUUGCGGCUCACAGACAACCAUAUCGAGUAUGCGGUGGUCAUCCAUGAUGGAAUGGGUCUCGUGGGUUCUGAGCACGACGAGCACGACGGCGUUCACGGAGAUAUCAUCGACCGAAUCGUAAGCCGUGCCAAGGAAUACUGCGAAGCGAGAGGGCAUUCUAUUGCUAUGUUUGCAGUUGCGGGGCCUCUAGAUGAACCCCUUGCAUUGCCAAAGCCUGCGGUAGAGGUCGAUCGUGAUGCUCCUCCGUCGUUCCUAGCUCGAAUUUGGCUAGAGCUCGAUGCAAUCCCGUUUAUCGUCAAUUGCCGUAAUACGCAGUUCAGUCUGCAGGGUGAAGCGACUAGAGCAAUUGAGACUGCCCUUGAAAGUCUUAGUCCUACCACGAAGACAAUCAUCAAGGCCAGCACCUCCGCUGAUCGGCAUGAGGUUGAAGUCGACGCGAAUGGACAAGUUCACCUUUAUGAUCUGAGUCAGCAAGCCGCGUUAACAUCUCCGGCCUUAUGGGAUACCUUCGCAGCACUUGCAUGUCCGAUAAAGAAGUACGGAACGAAGGUUUCAUUCUUCUCCGCUACGCCAAGGGGCGGUGGCGUAGCGCUCAUGCGCCAUGCGCUGAUCCGUGUGUGGCGUCUCGUUGGCUUGGAUAUCAGAUGGUACGUGCCGCAAGGGGAUUCUGCGGUGUUCGAUGUCACAAAGCGCAAAUUUCACAACGUUCUACAAGGAGUAGCCCCUGAAGGCACUAAACUUCGUCCGGAGAAUAAGGAGCUGUUCGAGAAGUGGACGCGAUGGAACUACGAUAAGUUUUGGCAAGGCAAAGGCGGACCCAUAGACGUCGACAUUGUCGUCAUCGAUGACCCGCAACUGACUGCCCUCAUUCCGAUUAUACGUCGUGAUAGCCCUAGGACGAAAAUCAUCUUCCGUUCUCACAUCGAAAUUCGUAGUGAUCUCAUUGAUGCCGCUGAAUCGCCUCAAGUUGACGUGUUCAAGUAUCUCUUUGGAUAUAUCAGACAGGCGGACCUCUUUGUCUCUCACCCCGUGCCGGAAUUCGUUCCCAAGAUGGUCCACGAACGCAUGCCUGUGGUGUACAUGCCUCCUUCCACAGAUCCUCUCGAUGGCCUCAACAAACCCAUUCCCGUAGAACACAUAGAGGAAUAUAGGCGUAUGUUCAAUGACUUUAUGAGAUCCAGCACGGGACAACAGUUGGACUGGACCCGCGGGUACAUUCUGCAGGUCGCGCGCUUCGACCCUUCUAAAGGUAUACCUGAUCUCCUCGAAGGAUAUAGGCGCUUUAGAGAGGAGCUUCUUAAAGACGGUUCAGCGGACGGAAAACCACCUCAGCUCGUCCUGAUUGGGCAGACAUCCAUCGACGAUCCUGAUGGUACAACCGUGAUACACGAGGCGCAAGAGAUUCUCGGUAGCGACGCUUUCGCCGCCAUUCGCGAUGAUAUCUAUCUUCUGCGCGCACCUCCCGACGAUCGGUUGCUGGACGCUCUCAUGCGCGGAGCAGAUAUCGCAUGCCAAGUCAGCACUCGCGAAGGAUUCGAGAUAAAGGUCACCGAGGCCAUACACAAGACCAGAUGGAUCAUCGCGACGCGGGCAGGAGGUAUUCCCUUACAAAUUCGUGACAACAUCGAUGGAAAACUCGUCCCCCGUGGGGACCCGGAUGCUAUCGCCGCUGCGCUCGUCGAUUUCUACACCAUGGGCAAAGAUGAAGCCAAGACCGGCGAGUCUCGAGGUAACGAAGUCGAACGGCCGCUUGGCGGACGCUGGGAUAAUGAGGGCAGCGGCCCACGGGAAGAGCUAUUCACGAUCGGCAAUGCGACAAUGUGGCAGUAUCUGUUCUGCUCAGUGCUUGGCUAUAGCAAAAAGCAGGUGGAAGAACUACCGGAAGCGCACACCAAACGCUUCGAUGCCUUAGGGUUAGAAGGAAAGAAAGACCUCAAAACGCUCACUGGGCAAAAGGUAUGGAAUCUGCUCAGACAAGCCACAACAGAAUGA